CCACUCUACUUUUGUUCCUCUUAUACACCAAUUUUAUCACAAACCAUAUACUACUACUAAUCUACUAUCAAUCAAUCAAGAUGGUUUCAAUAGGCUAUCCAGAAAUAUUGUUAUCAUUGGCAUGCCUUUUUUUAAUUUGGUGCUGGAAAAACAUGAAUGGCCUGCCUUGGAACUGGCCCUUGCUCGGGAUGCUCCCGAGCCUAUUCUGCCACGUCCACAGGGUCCACGACCGCUGCGUGGACCUUCUGGGCGCCGUUGGCGGGACCUUCCUCCUCCGAGGCCACUGGCUCGCUGAUAUGGACAUCGUCCUCACGGCCGAUCCCGCCAACGUCCACUUUGUCAUGAGUUCAAACUUCGCCAACUUCCCUAAAGGCCCCGAAUUUAAAAAAAUCUUCGACGUCCUCGGAGACGGAAUUUUCAAUUCCGACUCCGAGGCCUGGAGCGCCCAGAGGAAGCACGCCCGCUUCCUCAUCGGCCACCACUGCUUCCGAAAAUUCCUGAUCAAGACGACAAAGGAGAAAAUCGAGUCCGGCCUCGUCCCCGUGCUUGACCACUUUUCGAGCAACGGUAUCUUGUUCGAUUUGCAAGAUUUGUACCAAAGGCUCACAUUCGACACCACGUGUAGAUUGGUGACAGGUUUCGACCCGGGAUGUUUGUCGGUUGAGCUGCCCGAUGUCCCGUUCUCGCAGGCCAUGGACGAGGCGGAGGAGGCCAUAUUUAUGCGCCAUUGCUUGCCGGAGACGGUGUGGAGGCUUCAGCGGUUUCUCGGGAUUGGACACGAGAAGCAGAUGACUCGGGCGCGGGGGGUGCUCGACCGAGUCAUAAACAAAUACAUAUCGAUGAAGCGGGAUGAGUUGUUGAAACAUGGUGGAGACAGAGGUGAAGAGGGGAUUGAUCUGCUGACGUCGUACAUCAAUGGAUCGGAGGCGGAGGCGGGGAUGGAUUGCAACGAUGACGGGUUCCUGAGAGACACGAUACUGAACCUGAUGAUCGCGGGCCGGGACACCACCAGCUCCGCGCUCACGUGGUUCACGUGGCUUGUGGUGACGCACCCGGAGGCGGAGAGGAGGAUUCGGGAGGAGCUGGACGGGGUGCCCGGGGGCGGGAAGUGGCGACUAUUUGGGGCCGAGGAGGUUCGGAGCUUGGUGUACCUGCACUGCGCGCUACUAGAGACUCUGAGGCUGUACCCACCGGUUCCGUUCCAGCACAAGGCCCCCAUGGAGCCCGUGGUGCUUCCGAGUGGGCACCAUGUCAACCCGAGUAUGAAGGUGAUGUUCUCGCUCUACGCGAUGGGGCGGAUGGAGUACAUAUGGGGGCCAGAUGCUGGAGAGUUUAAGCCGGAGAGGUGGAUAACGGAGCGGGGCACGGUGAGAUACGAGCCCUCGUACAAGUUCUUGGCUUUCAACGCGGGGCCGAGGACUUGUCUAGGGAAAGAAAUUGCUAUGACGCAGUUGAAAUCGGUGGCUGCGGCUAUCAUCCAUAACUACGAGGUGGAGGUGGUGAAGGGUCACCCUGUUAGCCCUAAUGUGUCUGUUAUUCUCUACAUGAAGCAUGGGUUCAAGGUUAAGGUUAACAGGAGAUGGACUAGUUGAAAUUAUGGUCUUUUUGGAUUAUUGUUGUAUAUGUUCAAUUUUUAUGAUUAAUUAUUUUUUAUUUGUGAUUCCCAUUGUAUUCUUUUGUUUUCUUGUUUCCUGUGGGUCUUUAUUUGCAAAUAAAGAUGAUUUCUGAAAGUUUUGGAUGACAA